AUGGAUACUUUAGUUUGGAAAAAAUUGUGGAAGUUAAACUUGCCCUCUAAAUUGAGCUUAUUUUUGUGGAAAUGUAUUCAUAAUAUCCUUCCGGUAAAAUGGCAGCUUAGCAAAAGAGGCAUUCCUAUUGAUACAAUAUGUGCUCGAUGUGGCCAAACUGAGGAAACCAGAGAGCAUGUUUUCUUUGAGUGCCAGUGGUCUCAACGAGUUUGGAGGGGCACAACUUUGGGACUGAAUUUCUCAAUAGGUCAACCUGUUGGUUUUAACAUUUGGUGGACGACGUGGAUAACUUCUGUUCAGGAGGAUGAGCUUAUUCUCCAUUCUGUGGCUAUCCUUUGGGCAAUUUGGCGACAGAGUAACCUUCGGGUUUUUCAAAAUGAACAAUUAUCCAUUGAACAAACAUUAAUUCUGGUUGAUGAUUUUAAAAAGCAAUGGCCCAACAAUUUCAUAGAUGUUACAAAUGCUAGAUUGGACUAUAAGCAUGCACUGUCGAAUGAUUCAUCUUCUAACCACUGUUGUGUUCUUGCCAAUACUUGUGUGGUUUCUAAGGAUUUUCAGCUGUUUACUUGUGUCGUGGAUGGAGCAUGGCAACAGGUCACAAGAGCAACAGGAAUUGCAUGGGUUUGUUUUGAUGAAUAUCAACUGCAGGUAUUUCAACGAGGGAUUUCAACUCGGCUGUCGUCUCCAUUGCUAGCAGAAGCAAGAGCCCUUUUGAAAGCUAUUAAGCGGGCAAUUACGAAGAAAAUUACAUGUCUGUCUCUUUUUACUGAUUGUAAAGUUUUAGUUGAUAGCUGUGCACAAAAAUAUUGUUCUGAUUGGGAGGUAGAUGUAGUGAUACAAGAUAUUUUGAUGUUAAGUUUUGCCUUUCACUUCUUAUGUGUAACUAAAGUGAAUAGAGUGUUGGUUGAACUAGCACAUAAACUUGCAAGGUCUGUAAUCUCCUUAUCCUAUGGUUAA